AGUCACUUCCUUGUGCGCAUGCGCAAAUCCCGAGAGCAACGCACCAAACCAGCAUGGCUGACGUAACAGCGAUGGAUGGCGAUAAACUGAGCAAAAAAUUGCUCCUCUGACUGGUGGCUCAGCAUGCUGUGCCUGGUCAGGGCAGUCAGGCAGCAGCUGUGCCAAGCUUUUGAAGUCAGGGGACGGUGGUUUAAACAUGCGCAUCCCUGCACAGCUGCAGUGGCUGCCCAAAUUUACGGGAACCGUUGGAGAGGUGGCAAAAGUGAGCUGAAGAGGAGACAAAAGGCGGAGAAAAAGGCUGUGGAGAAAGAAGCCAAGGUCAAAGAACAGCUGCAGCAGAAGAACGAAUCCAAUAACUGCGCAGCCUCGGACAGCGCCGCCUUGGAUGAGGAGACGCUCGACCCGAAUCAAUACUACAAGAUUCGCACCCAGGCCAUUCAGGAACUCAAGGGCACCGCUGAGGACCCGUAUCCACACAAGUAUCACGUCGACUUGUCGCUCACAGAGUUCAUUGAGAAGUACAAUCAUCUACAGCCGGGGGACCACUUAACAGAUGUUCUCAAUGUGUCAGGCCGCGUCCACGCCAAGAGGGCAUCUGGUGCCAAGCUGCUCUUUUAUGACAUGCGAGGCGAAGGCACCAAGUUGCAAGUUAUGGCAAACUCCAGGAACUACAAGUCUGAGGAAGACUUCGUCGCCAUCAACAACAAGCUCAGGCGCGGCGACAUCAUCGGUGUCCGCGGAAACCCCGGGAAGACUAAAAAGGGGGAGCUGUCCAUCAUACCCAUCGAAAUGACUCUGCUUUCCCCUUGUCUCCACAUGCUGCCUCACCUCCACUUUGGGCUCAAAGACAAGGAAACGCGAUUCCGUCAGCGCUACUUGGAUCUCAUCCUUAAUGACUACGUGAGGCAGAAGUUUAUAACGCGAUCCAAAAUCAUCACAUACUUGCGCAGCUUCCUGGACCAACUAGGAUUUUUAGAGAUUGAGACCCCGAUGAUGAACAUCAUUCCUGGUGGAGCAGUGGCCCGUCCAUUUGUAACUUACCACAAUGAGCUGGACAUGAACCUGUACAUGAGGAUUGCUCCUGAGCUUUACCACAAGAUGCUUGUUGUUGGCGGGAUAGAUCGAGUGUAUGAGAUCGGCCGUCAGUUCAGGAAUGAAGGCAUCGAUCUCACUCACAACCCGGAGUUCACCACCUGUGAAUUCUACAUGGCGUAUGCAGAUUACCACGACUUGAUGGACGUAACAGAGAAACUUCUGUCGGGGAUGGUGAAGCACAUCACCGGAGGACACAAGGUAACCUACCACCCUGAUGGUCCAGAAGGACAAGCCUAUGAGAUUGACUUCACACUACCAUUUAGAAGAGUGAGCAUGACACACGACCUUGAGAAGCUGAUGGGAGUCAAAUUUCCUCCCACUGACAGUUACGACAGUGACGAGACCCGUAAAUUCUUUGAUGACCUGUGUGCCCAGAAGGGAGUUGAAUGUCCUCCCCCCAGAACAACUGCUCGUCUCCUUGACAAGCUUGUGGGAGAUUUCCUGGAGGUCACCUGCAUCAACCCAACAUUCAUCUGUGAUCACCCACAGAUCAUGAGCCCCUUAGCAAAAUGGCAUCGAACAGAGAAAGGCCUAACGGAGCGCUUUGAGCUCUUUGUGAUGAAGAAAGAAAUCUGCAACGCCUACACGGAGUUGAAUGACCCCAUUCGACAGAGGGAGCUUUUUGAGCAGCAAGCCAAGGCCAAGGCCGAGGGGGACGACGAAGCCAUGUGGAUCGACGAGACGUUCUGCACGGCACUGGAAUAUGGUCUCCCACCAACGGCCGGAUGGGGAAUGGGCAUCGACCGCCUCACCAUGUUCCUCACUGACUCCAAUAACAUCAAGGAGGUUUUGCUCUUCCCAGCCAUGAAGCCCGAUGACAAUAAAACAAGCGUUCCUGCAGAGGGCACCUCUGUGUAACGUACUGACUGACCUUUGACACUGCCGUCCCAACAGGAGGCUCUUUGGCAAAGGAGCAUUUAUGUCACUGUGGCCAUUAUUGGAGUUUGUCGGCUUUGUUUUUUUUAAUGCCGUGAAAGGCUUGGUUGCUCAACUAUGGAUACAGAUAGUCUGCAUUUUGCAGUGCUAAAUGUUAUAUCAAAACAAAUAGUUUCAUUUAGAUAUUUUCUACACUUUCUGAGAUCAUAUUUGUUGGGUCCUACCUGUUUGUCAACAAGUAUACGUUUUAAUCUUCAUUUUCAAUCAGGCACAGAUCGAAUGGUUGAUCAGCCACUCACAUUCUACGAUCACCGUUUUGCAGACCGAGAUGUAAUGUUUUAGAAUAUGCGUCAAGGUUCUAUGACGUAGUCAGUUGUUGUUCGAGUUGCUGUUUGUUAUCUGCAGUUGAUGCACAGUACAAUUCAAUUGUGGAGCACCUGUGAUAGUAUUUUGAGUCUUCACAAAACUGCUCUCUCUUUUAUCAUGGGUGCUCCUGUUCCUUGCCUUUGAAUGACUCCAAUAGUCAGUCCUCGUACAUCUGAAUAAAGUUCAUAUGAAUCUGCA